AGUUGGUUAGCCGCGAGUCUAUACAGUCAGUAACAACAACGAGGUUCUGUCAAGUUAAGCUAUGAUUCGCGCGCUCUUUUCUUGGCACUGAUUUACACUCUGAAAUUUUUGUGUGCUCGCCGCAAUUAGUUUAAUGUUCUCUCUCUUCGUAGGAAUGAUUUUGUGGAUGUGCUCUUCAGUUACAUAAAUUCCUACACAAGAACCAUCGUGGAUUGACUCGAUUCAGGAUUCAAGUUAAUUUAUUUAAGAACUUUUAAUUUUUCUUUAAUUAAAUUAUUUCGUAACCAAGACUGAAACAAUGACGCACAGAGUGGUGGUAUUUGUAAUGUUCCUAGUCAGCUUAACCCAAAUCAGCUACUGCGAGGAAGAGCAAUUCCUUCCGACAUGCUUUAGUGAUAUUUACUGCCAUGGACGACUCCUAGACACUAUUCAGAUGGCAAAAAUCUACGAGGACUCAAAAACUUUCGUCGACAUGAAAAUGAAAUACUCACCCAACGAAACCUUAGCUAAGUUCGACUUAUUUAUGUUAGAUUUUAAAGACAGGAGACCGACUAGGGCGGAAGUAAUGAAAUUUGUGGAAAACACCUUCGAUCCUGCUGGCCAGGAAUUCGAAGAUUGGGAUCCUGAAGACUGGACUUCCCAUCCGAAGUUUCUCGAUCAAAUUGAGGACCACGAACUGAAAAAUUGGGCGAAGAAGCUAAACGAUAUCUGGAAAAUCCUAGGAAGGAAAAUGAAAGACGAAGUGAAACAGCAUCAAGAUCAAUUCAGUAUUAUUUGGGUUCCAAAUCCUGUAAUUGUUCCAGGCGGCCGGUUCCGCGAGUUUUACUAUUGGGACACUUAUUGGAUCAUCCAAGGUCUCUUGCUCUCAGAAAUGAAACAAACAGUCAAAGGAAUUUUAGAAAAUUUCUUGUAUAUAGUAGAUACCUACGGUCACAUUCCUAAUGGAGGCAGAAUCUAUUAUUUGGCCAGAUCACAACCUCCGUUUCUGAUCCCUAUGAUCAAAUCUUACUACGAUUUUACUCACGACGUCAGCUUUAUAGAGAAACAUUUACCGACGAUGGAGAAAGAAUUCGAAUAUUGGAUGCGGGAACAUACAAGAAACAUCCACAUGGACGGUAAAAACUACACCCUGGCUGUCUACGGCGACAAAUCCCAAGGACCUAGACCGGAAUCUUACUCAGAAGACGUAGAAAGUGCUGCUAUUUUCAAAGAAGACCACAAAAAGGAAGCUUAUUAUUCGGAAUUAAAAGCAGCAGCUGAAUCUGGCUGGGAUUUCUCAAGUAGAUGGUUCAUCACCAAUGCUACAAACAAAGGUAAUUUAACCAACAUUAAAACCCGAUCCAUCGUGCCGGUGGAUUUAAAUGCCCUAAUUUAUUGGAAUGCGGUGUUACUAUCCGAAUUUAAUACGAUGUUUAACAACAAGGAGAAGGCCAGGAUGUACACCGACAUAGGCAACCAAUGGAUAGAAGCCACAACGGCUGUACUUUGGCACGAGGAAAUCGGUGCGUGGUUAGACUACGACCUAUACAAUGCAGUCAAAAGGGAUUAUUUCUACCCCACAAACAUUUCGCCCCUAUGGACGGGAUGCUAUAACGCAAGUGACAAGGAAAAAAUCGUACGGAGUGUGUUGAAAUACCUUCAAAACAAGAAUAUUAUGUAUCCAGGAGGUGUGCCUAGUUCAGUAGAGCACACUGGUGAGCAGUGGGAUUACCCCAAUGCCUGGCCACCAUUACAGCACAUCAUGAUCGUCGGUUUGAACAACACUGGCGAUGAAUAUGCUGUAAGACUGGCUUAUGAACUGGCUGAAUCAUGGAUCAGAUCGAACUACAAGGCCUUUAAGGAGUCUGAUGCGAUGUACGAAAAGUAUGACGCUACAGUAUUUGGAGGCUAUGGUACAGGGGGUGAAUACGAAGUACAGCUCGGUUUUGGCUGGUCCAACGCUGUCAUUCUGGAUUUGCUCCAUCGGUACGCAAGUACUGUAAGAGUCGAAGAUCCACCUUUGCCUCUUACUUCAGCCAGUGUCAUGGAACCUCGAACUGCCAGUUCCAGUAUCAGUUCUGUAACUACAGCGCUUAUAGCACUGUUAGUUACGAUGUCAGCUGGAUUCAUAGGGUGAGGAUUCAAUUUUUGUGGAAAAUGACAAGAGACGUGUGUGAUAUUAGAAAAUUAAUAGUGACAGGAUAAUAAUUUUAAAUUAAAAUUAUUAUUUGUCGUGCGGACUUUGUGCCGAAUGAGUAUUUCUCGAGUUCCUUUAAACGCAUAGGUCUAAUAGAACAAAGAAAAAUAUAUAUUUUUUAAAAUAUAUAGCCGAGCGUUUUCAGUUGGCUGUUUUAGUUUUCCUUUUUCCUUAGUGAAAAUCUAGAUUUAAUCAAAAUACAAUGCCGGCUUAAGACGUAAAAGCUAAAAUAGUAUUAUUUAAAAUGUGAUCUAAUUUUAAUAUCUCUCUUGUUAUAUUUUUGAGUACCUGCUAGCGGCAUGUUAACUAUAGGAGCAUGCUCUGUGUUUUUUAAUCAUAACAUUAGUCGUUAAGUCCAUGUAUGUAGUAUGAUGUCCUAGUGCUAUUUUAGUUUUAAUUUAAUAAUUUAAUUUAAUAAUAAACGACAAACAAACUAAA